AUGUCGGCAGAACAGCUCAAGGAGUUGAUACCAUUCUUGCAUGAUGCAAAUCCGCAAGUCCGCCAAAUUGCACUGGCGAACCUCCUUGGACAUACCCCCAAGGGCUCCGCAAACCGCGAGAUCUUCUUCACCGGACUACGCGGUGGAGGCAUGCGACAGCAAGAAGAAAAUGGUGUCGUACACGACUUGAAGCUCUUAUGUCGCGAUCAACUCGCAACUGCUCACGAUGCUUUCAGAGCCCUCAUCAAUCUAUCCGACUACUCCUUAAUUAUCGGGACACUCUCUGAUCCAGAUUAUCUAUGUUUUCUCGUUUCAUACAUCCUCAACCCGCAAUCGAUCCUCGCCGAUUUAGCAUCGAUGCUUCUUUCCAACCUCACAGCAUCUACCUCGACAUGCUCGACAUUGCUCGGUCUCAACGUGAAAACACUUCCAGAUUCAAAAUCGCCCACGGCGUACUUCCCAGUACAGUCACAAUGUGGGACAUGCCCGGCGCCUGUUCCCUACCCUAAGGGAGACCCGCGCAGUGUACAUGCACUCCCUCCCCUCCUUGACGCAUUUGUUCAGGGUGCCAGUGUCGAGGAGACACAAGACGUAGAGAAGCGCGUCCGCAGAGGCAGUCUCCACUUCUUGUCCAGUGUGUUUGCGAAUUUGAGCACGACGCCUGCAGGACGGAUGUUCUUCCUUACACCAAGACCCACCGACCCGCUCAAGUCGUCCGAUGAAGGUCUCGAGUAUCCGCUCACUAAGCUCCUUGUCUUCACGGAGCACAAGGACACAAUCCGUAGGGGAGGGGUCGCCUCCACGCUCAAAAACUGUGCUUUCCAUGUACAGGCUCACCGCGCCAUGCUGUCUCCGGAAAAAGAACGCGUCGCCGUGCCCCCCUCGACUGUUGAGGCGCCCGGCAUGGACGUUUUGCCGUAUUUGCUUCUGCCAUUAGCAGGGCCGGAGGAGUUUGACCUCGAGGACCAAGAGCUUCUUCCACCUGCCCUGCAAUUCCUCCCGUCCACCAAGCAGCGUGAGCCUGAUCCCGUGCUACGACUCACGCAUGUAGAGACGCUGCUCCUACUGUGCACCACCCGGUGGGGGCGAGACUACCUCCGCAAUCACGGUGUGUACGAAAUCGUCCGGGCGCUGCAUGAGAAUGAGGAAGUGGAUAAGAUCUCCGAACAUGUGGAGCGCCUUGUCAAUUUCUUGAAGAGAGCGGAGGGGACGGGGACGGAGGUGGAUUUGAUUGAUACUGGAGAAGGUACAGAGAAUCACGAGUCCGACGACGAAGACAACAGAAUAGAAAAAAUUUAG